AAAAAAUCAAAUAUAUCUAUCAUAAAACUCACAUUUAUACCAAUAACAGCUGGCAGAUAGAGGCAGGCUGGCAGUGGCAGGGACACACGAACACACGGACACACUGACAACAUGGGCGAGACGGAGGUGAUUGAGAAGCUGAAGGGUGUGCCGCAGCUGCUGGCGGCCACGAGGAGGGCGAGGAGGGCGGCCGGCAUCCAGACCGCCCUGGAGGUGGUCAACAAGGAGGAGCUCCCAGAGGUUGUGGUAAAAGGCGUGUCCCGGCUAGCAGUGCAGGUAGUGCAGAACUACACUGAUGGCCCUUCCCGUGUGCGACUCAGGGAGGUCAUCCUCACCCUUGCACGAAAACAUGGAUCAGCAAUUCCUGCCCUGGCUUCUUCCCUCCUCAGCCAGGCCCAGAACCAUGCCAAUGUCCCCCACUCCACGUGUGCUGUGGCUCGCACACACAUCUCAUCAGUGCAGGUGGCAGCCCAAGUGUGGUGCAUUGUAGUACAGGCCAAACACUCCCUGUCUACUAAGGAAGCCACAGCUCUCACAGAAGCCUUGGCCAUCCACUACUCCCUCACUGUAGCGGCCAACAACCCAAUCCUCAAUUGCAAGGCCAAGAAGGCCAUUGGUCAGUUCCUGAAGAAUGAAGAACUACUGAAGGGAGUAUGCCAGGCGGUGGUGAAUGGGGAGGUGACUGUUCACCGAAUGAUCCUGGGUGGUCAUCUACUCCACCUGAUGGCUGAGGCAAAGAUUACCCCUCCUGUGGACAUGAAGACGCCCCUCACACAGGUCUACGUGAAGCAGGUCCUGCAGUCCAAAAAUAAGCCAUGGCAGUUUGUGCUGGAGCAGACUUACCCUCUCCUGCGUCAGCUAAACCACCAAGAAUUCUCGGAGAGUGUUUUGCCAGUUGCUAAGAAGUCCUUGCUUCGUAACCCUGAGGUGAUUUUAAAAGCUGUGGCUCACCUUUGCUCGGGGCUUAACUUGGACCUCAGCAAGUACCUGGAAGACAUCAUUAAAACCUUGGCUAGUCCACUGCAUGCCAAGGAGGAUCAGGUGAGGGAUGACACAGUAGAGGUGUGCCGCCAGCUGGCCAGACAGUGCAGUGAUGCUGUGGCCAUUGAGAAAUUCAUUGGACUGCUUUUUGAUGUGUUCUUUGGUUCUGAUGGGAAGCUGACUGCCACCACUCACAAGAUUUCAGUUCUUCAGGGUGUAGAGGCUGUGAGUGAACACAGUGUGACAGGCAGCAGUGCACAGGCCCUGUCUGGCAAAGUUUUGGACCGAAUGAUGAAAGUUCUGGAGACUGAGAGCCAUGAAGGUACUCUCAUUCAAGCCUUAACUGCCCUCUCUGCCUGGACUGCCAAGUUUACCACAGAUAUUCCCCAGAAACUCAUAGAUUUUGUGCCGAGAGGCAUGACACUCAAGACGUCAACUGCUGGCAUCCGCUCAGCUUACGUGCGAUGCUUGCAGGGCUGCAUCACCUCAUCCAGUGCACACAAAGCAGCUCCACUCAUCAACCACCUCAUCACCACCAUUGACAAGGCCCUCAGCCAGAUAACACAGAUUCCUGUGUUAGUGGAAGCUCUGACUUCAUGUGUGCUGCUGCUGAGACUUAGUGCUGCAGAUGUGACCAUGGAGCAGCGAGUGGCCCCCAUCUGGAACACUGCCUUAGACCUGCAGAAAGGAUACUUUACUGGAGAGAAGUUCCUUACUCAGGCUUCAGAAGAUGGAUUGCUGCAGCUGGUGACAUGUUGUGAGCUGUUGUUGUCUCAGCACAGUGCACGGCUAGGCAAGGGCAUGUCCCUGGUCCACCAAGCACUGGUGUGGUGUCUAGUCUGUUCUCACUCUAAAGUGCGCAUUGCUGCUCAAGCCUCCACAAAGAAGCUGGUGUCUGGUCUAGGAGGUGCUCAGCUGGCCACAGAUCUCCUAAACUCCCUCACAACAAUGACAACAAAUAAUAAGAUUCAGUUAAAGAAAUCAGAGGAGCAAGAUGCUGGGGGUGGAAGUGGAGGGGGAGAGCUGAGCCCUGCUGGGGUGGCUCAAGCUCUCAUUGCCAUCUGCUCUCCCAGCACUCAUGACAAGAAGCAUUUGGAGCAGCUGGCUCUCCUUGCCCUCCGGCCUGCCUUCCAUCCAUCCCUUGCACGUGAAUACCCUGAACUGUGGGAGCAGGUGGUUCGGUCAAUGGGUCUUGUACCUGAGCAGGUGAUUGCCAGUCAGCAAAGUACUCUCAUCAAGCAGUUUACUACAGACUUUGUACCUUCACCUAUAGACCAGCAGGUGUUCUCGGGGCUGUGUCGCCUGGCUGGCCAGGUUGUAUUGCCUCCAGUUGUUGCCUUUAUUAACAGCCGAUUGAAUAAUCCGAAAUUGGUCCAGAUCACAGAUGAAGAUUAUGCAAUAUACCUUACCCCUGAAGGGACUCUUUACAACCAGAAGGUGGUUGAGCAAGCCUUUGAAGACCAUUUGAAUAUAAGGAAUGUGAAGAAAUCCAACAAGGUGUACAGCCACAAGGAGCAGAUGAUGAUGCUUGAGGAGAAGAAGAAGGAACGAAAAAAGCGGAAAGAAGGAAAGCUGGAACUCACUCCCAAGCAGAAGGAGGUGUUGAGAGCACAGACUGAAAAGGAAAACUCAAUCCGUAACAGAGUGAAAGACCUGUCAGAAAGCACCAAGUCUUCCCUUGCUCUGCUGGAGGCUGCUGUAGCAGGGAAUGUGGAGGACCUCAGCCCACACUUCACUAUCCUUAUCCCUCUACUCACCUGGGCUCUGCGCUCACACCUGAUUGCUCCGCAGGUGUGCAGUCUCUUCGUCAAACUCCGUUCUGCAGUUUUUGAGCAGCAGGACGAUGUCUAUGCGCACACCCUAGCCAGAACAACAGUGAGAGUAUGUGAACCUGUCAUGAAGCUGCCGGAGGAUUGGCUUGGUGAGGCGUUAGUGGAUGCUGCCUUCAGAACCCUCAAGAUGAUCCACACAGCCACAGUUCCAAAGCACAAUGAUGAGGAUGAAGAGAAGUACUACUGUGCCCCUGGCUUCAUGUACUGCUUCCCCUUCCUGGAGUGGGUUCUCUCUAAGCAUCUUGGAGGAGAAGAAAAGUUUGAGGUGGUAGCCGGCCAGGCACUACAGAUCAUCAGUGAGCACAUGGCCAUGAGAGGGGCUGACAGCACAGACCUCUACCACCCUCGCUAUCUUCCUCGGAAGCAGCUCCUCUCCCUUAUCAUUGGUGUUAUCAGUAGCAGUUCAGGCCGCACACAGCAGAAUGCAUGUGUGGUGCUCCAGGAAGUUUGCCGGUGUGGCUCGGGGGAACUAGGCUGUGACAAGGCUACUUCUGAUGAAAUCAGUGUCCUCCUAGACAGUUUGCAGGCCCCAGCUCAGUCAGUCAGAGAUGCUGCACUCAGGGGUUUGUUGGUGCUCGUGAACUCCUUGCCACGUGUGGAGGAUGAUGUGGAGGCAUGGCUGCAGGUGGCUCAUCGGCUCUGGGUGGCAAAGCACGAUGUGGCAGAAGAUGUGGCUAACCUUGCUCAAGAAUUGUGGACCAAAGCUAAUAUGGAGGCGGAUGGUGCUCUUAGUGAUGGCAUCUUAGGAGACGUGGUUCAUCCAGUGGCUGCUGUGCGGGCUGCUGGGGCUGCUGCUCUAGCUUCCCUGGCCAAGGAUAAUCCAGACUUGGUGGCUCCCAUCACCAUCCAGCUCAUUGAGACCUUCAAGGAGAAGACAGAGAUGACCCCAGCUGUUCGAGACAAGUAUGACAGAGUGGUGGUGGAGGCGGUGGACUUGUGGGAAGGCCGGGCAGGAGUGGCAAUGGCUCUACAGCAAUUGGCUCCCCUCCUCACUACUGAAACUGUGGUGACUUUGGCUAAUUUCUUUGUGCCUGAUGCCCUUGGGGAUCGCAAUGCUGAGGUCCGCAACAAGAUGCUGGAGGCUGCCAUGUCUGUGGUCAAUUCACAUGGCAAGGAGACUGUGAAUAGCCUGUUACCGGUGUUUGAAAAGUUCCUAAACACAGCACCCAACCAUGCCAGCUACGAUGCUGUUCGGCAAAGUGUGAUCAUCCUAAUGGGCUCAUUGGCCAAACACUUGGAGCACAGCGAUCCCAAGAUCAAGCCUAUUGUGGCCAAGUUAGUUGAGGCUCUCCACACUCCAUCCCAGCAGGUCCAAGAGGCUGUAGCCAACUGUCUUCAUCCUUUGGUGCCAGCAAUCCGAGAUGAGUGCCCCAAGCUGGUGUCUAAGCUGAUGACUGUCUUGUUGGAAUCUGAGAAUUAUGGAGAGCGCAAAGGGGCAGCCUACGGUUUGGCUUCCCUUGUGAAGGGUAUGGGUAUCUUGGCCCUUAAGCAACUGGAUAUCAUGAACCAGCUCACCAAUGCCAUACAGGACAAGAAGAACUAUAGAUACAGAGAGGGUGCCUUAUUUGCUCUGGAACAGCUGUGCAAUAUGCUGGGCAAGCUGUUUGAGCCAUAUAUUGUACACAUCCUGCCCCACCUGUUGCUUUGCUUUGGUGACGCCAACCAGUAUGUGCGUGAGGCCACCGAUGACACUGCCAAGGCUGUCAUGAGCAAGUUGUCAGCUCAUGGAGUGAAGCUUGUGUUGCCCUCCUUACUGUCUGCCUUAGAGGAAGACUCCUGGAGGACCAAGACAGGAUCUGUGGAACUACUGGGAAACAUGGCUUUCUGUGCUCCUAAGCAGCUGUCCUCCUGCCUGCCAUCCAUUGUGCCCAGGCUUAUAGAGGUGCUCAGUGACUCGCACAUGAAGGUACAGCGGGCAGGCAGCCAGGCUCUCAGGCUCAUUGGUUCAGUCAUCAGGAACCCAGAGAUCCAAGCCAUCGUGCCAGAGUUGCUAGCAGCACUGCAGGAUCCUACCAAGAACACUUCAGCCUGCCUGCAGACUCUCCUGGAGACCAAGUUUGUCCACUUCAUUGAUGCACCCUCGCUGGCCCUGAUCAUGCCUGUGGUGCAGCGUGCAUUCCAGGACCGUUCCACUGAGGUACGCAAAAUGGCAGCCCAGAUUAUUGGUAACAUGUACUCCUUGACGGACCAAAAGGACCUCCAGCCUUACCUGCCUGGCAUCAUCCCAGGUCUCAAGGCUUCUCUUCUUGAUCCAGUGCCCAAGGUACGUGCAGUCUCGUCAAGGGCCUUAGGAGCCAUGGUGAAGGGCAUGGGUGAGUCCAGCUUUGAUGACUUGCUACCGUGGCUCAUGCAGACUCUCACCUCAGAAUCUUCAAGUGUGGAUCGUUCUGGAGCUGCUCAGGGACUUGCUGAGGUGGUGGGAGGCCUGGGUCCAGAGAAGCUGCAUCGUCUCAUGCCUGACAUCAUUGCUACAGCAGAGCGCUCUGACAUUGCCCCUCAUGUCAAGGAUGGAUACAUCAUGAUGUUCAUCUUCCUUCCCACUGUCUUCCAGGAUGAGUUUACUCCCUACAUAGGCCAGAUUAUUCCCCCUAUUUUGAAGGCACUAGCAGAUGAGAAUGAGUUUGUGAGAGAAACUGCUUUGAAAGCUGGCCAAAGGAUUGUCAACACAUAUGCUGAGUCUGCUAUUACUUUGCUGUUGCCAGAACUGGAGGCCGGCCUCUUCCAUGAUAACUGGCGCAUCAGAUACAGUUCAGUACAGCUGCUAGGAGAUCUGUUGUUCAAGGUGUCAGGUGUGUCAGGCAAGAUGACUACUGAUACUGCUCAUGAGGAUGACAACUUUGGUACAGAACACUCACAGAAGGCAAUCAUUGACAUUCUUGGAGAGGAGAGACGAAACCGAGUGCUGGCCGGGCUGUACAUGGGGCGGUCAGAUGUGGCCAUCCUGGUGAGACAGGCAGCUCUCCAUGUGUGGAAGGUGGUGGUGACUAACACACCCAAAACUUUGAGGGAGAUCCUGCCUACAUUGUUCUCACUUCUCCUUGGUCACCUUGCCUCCACCAGCUAUGACAAAAGACAGGUUGCUGCCCGCACAUUGGGUGACCUGGUGCGUAAGCUGGGAGAGCGUGUGUUGCCAGAGAUCAUCCCCAUCCUGGAAGCAGGCCUUGGUUCCCCUGAACCUGACCAGCGCCAGGGUGUGUGUAUUGGUCUUUCUGAGAUUAUGGCCUCCACCAGCAAGGAUAUGGUGCUUUGCUUUGCCGACAACUUGGUGCCCACAGUCAGGCGGGCACUGUGUGAUCCACUGUCAUCUGUGCGGCAAGCAGCUGCCCAGACCUUUGAUUCCCUGCAUGGCACUGUUGGAUUCCGGGCACUUGAGGACAUCCUGCCUCACUUGCUUGCCCAGCUUGAAAACGAGGAUGAGACUCGUGAGUAUGCCCUGGAUGGCCUAAAGCAGGUGAUGGCCAUCAAGAGCAGGGUGGUGCUGCCCUACCUUGUGCCUCAGCUGACCACACCUCCAGUCAACACACAAGCUCUAUGUAUCCUGGCAUCAGUUGCUGGUGACACACUCACUAGACAUCUAAGCAAGAUAUUGUUAGCCCUUCUUGGUGCUCUCAGUGAUUCUGCUGGCAGCCCAGAGUAUGAUGAGGCUCUUGGUCACUGCCAGGGUGUGGUGCUGGCAGUGACAGAUGAGGCUGGUGUGAACACAAUUGUUGAUGAAUUACUCCACCACUCCAAGGGAAGCAAUCUUGGGGUAGCCCAGGCAGCAGUGGCCUUGCUUCUGGCCUUCUGUUCCAACACCCGGGCCGACUACAGUGACUAUGUACCCCAGCUCCUGCGUGGCCUCAUCCACCUCUUCACUCACAAGGAUGAGGAGAUGCUCAAGACCUCGUGGCUGGCUCUCAGUGCCGUCACCAAGAGUCUUGAUGCAGCAGACCAGCGCUCUCUGGUGGCAGAUGUGCGACAAGCCGUUAAAUUUGCUGCAUCAGACCUCAAGGGAGAAGAACUUAUGCCUGGUUUUUGUCUUCCUAAAGGCAUCCAGCCUAUUCUGCCCAUCUUCCGAGAAGCAGUUCUUAAUGGGGAGCCAGAGUUGAAGGAAGCAGCAGCUAAUGGUUUGUCAGAGGUGAUCCGCCUUACCAGUUCAGAUGCACUCAAGCCAUCAGUGGUACAUGUAACAGGUCCCCUCAUCAGGAUCCUUGGAGAUAGGUUUGCCUGGAAUGUGAAGGUGGCUGUAUUGGACACCCUAGCUCUUCUAUUGGCUAAGACUGGAGUUAUGCUGAAGCCCUUCCUCCCACAACUCCAGACAACAUUUGUCAAGGCAGUGCAUGAUGCUCACCGAGGUGUGCGGCUGCGUGCAGGGGCUGCCCUUGCUCACCUCAUCACCAUCCACACCAAGCCUGACCCACUCUUCACUGAACUCCACAAUGCCGUCAAGGCGGCUGAUGAUACUCCCACUAGGGACACUAUGAUCCAAGCUCUGCGGUGUGUGGUACAGCCAGCUGGGAAUAAGAUGAGUGAGGGUGUUCGUAAGGGACUGGUGACUACCUUGACCUCUCUCCUUACCCAUGAUGAUGACUCCACCCGGCUGUGUGCUGCUGGGGCACUGGGAGUAUUGGUGCCGUGGCUGCCUUCAGAGGAGCUGCGGCCUCUCCUCAACCACCAUGUCCUGGAGGAUAACAGUAAUGCAGACUGGACAGUUCGCCAUGGGAGAUCGGCAGCUCUCUUCUCUGUCUUAAAGUCUGCUCCAUCAAAGAUCCUUGAGGUGGCCACUCCAGACCAGAUCUCGUCCACCUUGCUCUCUUACCUUUCAUCUGACCGCUUGGCCCUUGUAGAAAAUGCACUGUCUGGAGUGGCCUUUUUCAUGAGCCACCAACUCUCUACUGGAGAUCCUGUGCCAUCUGGACUUCUACAGACUUUUGCCAAGCUGAUCAACCACAGUAGCAAUGAGGUGAAGCAGGGAAUGUGUCGAACUUGCCAGUACACAGCAGAGAAUUUAGCGGGUUCUGGAGGUUCCUUGCUACCUAUGGAGAUUGCCAAGCCACUGAUUCCCAUGUUGGUAAAUGGCACCAAGGAGAAGAACCAGGUUGUGAGGUCAUCUGCAGAAAUGGCACUGAUAGCGUUGCUGCAGCUGAAGGAAGGCGACCAGGGUUCUCAGGUGAUGUUGGGUGCUCUGGAGGCUGGAGGACGUGACUCCCUUAAUGAAGUAAUCAACCGGUGCCUGCGGCGUGCCACCUACAUCCCAGUGACCCCGGCUGAGAUAGACCCUACCCUUCUCACAUGAUGGGGCGGCUCCAGGGUCUCCAGGGAUAACUUAAUGAGAGAGUGGGUGGAGAGGUGACAAUAGGGGGAGGGGGAGGGGGGAAGUGGACAGGUGAUGGUGAAGGAGAUAUCAGCCAGCCACGUGUUGUCAAAAAACACACACACACACACACAACCUACAGUGUACAAGUCAUGAGUAUUGGAGCCCUGGCUAGAGCAUCCAAUACUUACGGCGAUAAAAGGCACAGUCCACUACAAUGAACCAUUUUAAGGUAAAAGUGAUGUCACUUCAUUCCUCAGCUCCAUGUAGCAUGUGUAUCUUCUGUUCAGUGUGCCUUGUCUUGAGACCCACUGAAGGGAGGAGGAUAUGAGUCAGCUACAUGAAGCCGAGGGUCAUGGCAGGGGCAUUUUGUCUGAAGUGGUUGACUCUACAGAGGACUGUUCCUCUAUUUCACCAUAAGUAUUGGAUUCCCUGGUCAGCAGGUCCAAUACUCUCAUGAGAAGUACUGUUUAUCACAUUCAUUCAAGCACACACAUCUCUCUCUCUUUCUCUUUCUAUUCCAAUCUCUCUCACCCACACACACUUUAACACACUGGUGCUCUAAGCCAUCUUAGCAAUUAAGAAAUUGACAACAUCCUCUAUAUUUUGUACCUCCUUCUACAACACCUCCAUCCUAUGCUGUACUAAGCUUGGUGAGAAAAACUUGUACUAUCACAUCACAGUAUAUCAUAAAGCUGACCAAAAGUGUGUAAAACGAGCUGUACCAAAACCAAGAAUGAGAUAAAUGUAUUUACAUAAAGCUCCCAUGGUACACUGAA